AUGUCUAGUGUAAUCGGUAUCACUUUCGGUAACACAUCAUCCUCGAUUGCAGUUGCCACUCAGGAUGGCAGAGUCGAUGUGAUCGCCAACCCUGAUGGUGACAGAGCCAUUCCCUCCGUUCUUUCGUACGUGGGAAUCGAUGAAUACCACGGUGCUCAGGCCAGAUCGCAACUAGUGAGAAACCCAAAGAACACCAUCAUUAACUUUAGAGACUACAUUGGCAAGAAAUACGACGAGGUUGACUUCUGGGCCUCUUCUGCUGGUGCUCAACCUAUUAAGACUGCAGACGGUGGUAUUGGAUACAAGAUUGCUAGAGAAGAUGGUGACGAGAUCGUCACAGUGGAGGAAGCUGUCACAAGACAUUUCAAGCAAUUGAGAAGCGCUGCUGAGGACUACCUUGGACGCAAAGUGGAAAAGGCUGUGUUGACGGUGCCCACUGACUUCUCAAAGCACCAGAAGGACUUGCUUAACAAAUCGGUGGAGGCUGCUGGCUUGAAGGUCUUGCAGUUUAUCAAUGAGCCAUCUGCUGCAUUGCUUUCUCAUUUGACUUCUUCAGGGGAAGAGGCUAUGCUCAAGGACAAGCUUUAUGUUGUCGCUGACUUCGGUGGUAUCAGAUCGGACGCCGCUGUGAUCUCUGUGAGAGGCGGCAUCAUGACUAUAUUGGCUACUGUCCACAACCACAAGCUAGGUGGUGACGAUUUGGAUGAUGCUCUCUCAGACCACUUCGCCAAGGAAUUUCAGAAGAAGUUUAAGGCUGACGCUAAAGGCAGUGCCAGAAGCUUGGCCAAGUUAAAAUCAGAGUCCAUUGUCACCAAGAAGACUUUGUCCAACGUUCCAACAUCGUCAUUUUCGAUUGAGUCUCUUGCUGACGGCUUUGAUUUCUUGUCUAACAUCAACAGAUUGAGAUUUGAAUUGGCCGCCAGAAAGCCAUUAUCAGAAAUGACUGCUUUCGUCGAGCUGGUAGUCCUGAAAGCCGGUUUGGAGCCUCUAGACAUUGAUGAGGUUCUUUUAGCCGGCGGAUCAUCCAACGUUGUUAAGUUAGCCUCCAACAUUCAGUUUAUUUUCCCAGAAUCCAUUACCGUGGUUGCCCCAUCUUUGGACCCUAAGGCUGCCUACCCCGAAGAGUUGUCCACCAGAGGAGCUGCUUUGCAGGCUGCCUUAGUUGAGACUUUUGAUGAUGAGGAAAUACACGAGUCUUUGCAGCCCAUCGUUGUCAACACCCAGCAUUUGGCCAAGCCAAUUGGAAUCAAGGACGCCGCUGGCAACUUUGUGCCAAUUUUGGUUGCAGAGACAGCUUAUCCAAUCAAAAAAUCUCUUGAGGUCACGAAUGGCGAUGCGUCCGAUGUUGUCAUUGAAUUGUUCGAAGGUAAGAGAAACGUGAAGGAGACUGUUAUAGAGCCUGCACCAAAGAGAGAAGAGGAGGAGGACUCUGAGGAUGAAUCUGACGAGGAGCCGGAGAUCAAUAGAGAAGUUGAAUACCUAACCGGCGAGUUGUUGGCCAAGUUGGCUCUCACUGACUUGAAGCCAAAUUCCAACUUGGAAGUGAUCAUCAACAUCACUCAGAACGGUGUGUUGCAUUUGUCCGGAAGAGAAGUGAAGCAAGGAUCGACCGCAGUAAAGGGUGAAAUAAAGGCGGCUGCUUAG